CUCGCUCAGGUCCACCCCCUUUCAUCUCCUCGAAUCCUAUCAGUCUCCUAUCUGCCUUCUGUCAUACGUCAGGCAGUUCAUCACAGAUGUUCAAACGCACUUGCUUUAGCACCUCGUGCGCCGAGGUCUCUACAGCAGCGGAACACAAUGAACUCUGCAAGCGAUUCGCCUUCACCUCUCCGCGCGCCCGAACACCCUUCGCACAUGAUGCCCCCUCUCCCAUCUUCUCGCGGAAUGGACUUAGGCUGGCCCCGCCUUACCCCCGAACUCCUCUCAAUCAUCGACAGCGCGUUCACGCUACCCGCCUCCAUGGAGGAAUUUCCCGAGGAGAUUCUCGAUACGUUGCGGAGACAGAACCUACUGGACAAGUUCAUGGACAGUCUUCGCGUCCGCAGGCUCGCCGAAGGUAUGUUGGCGAGCGAACGACCCAAACGAGCUCUUCGAGUACUUGGUCUCGCUCAUCGACUAGGCUGCCCGAUGAAGAAAGACGUCUACGAAAAUCUUGCAAGGAGAAUGUCGGAGAACAAACAAUGGCAGUUGAUACCUCCUCUGGUUCAACUUGCCAGGCAUCAGAUGGGCCGCCUCAAUACUCGCCUGCUCAAUUGGCUCGCUCGCAGUUUAACGGAGACAUCCCAAUUUUCCCUUCUGGACGGCGUACUUGCCAAGUUCGAAGAGGAGGGCGUAGGACCGAAUCAACGGACGUUUCAGCUACUGAUGUCCGGUCACAUUCGCAAUCACAACCUUCAAGCAGCUGUCGAGAUACUUCAGCAGAUGCAAGAAGUCGGAUUCUCCAUCGACGCCUCCACCCAGGCAGUAGUCGCGUCUGCCUAUCGAGCCCUGGGCUCGGAUACCCUCAUGCAGACGCAAUCUCUCGAAGCUUUGCAAAAGGCCGACAGUUUCACGUCGACCCUGAUCGUCAACGCACUGAUGCAGCUCGCUGUCGACGCCGACGACGCGGACAACGUAAUCUUCUUCACCAACUUAUUCGAUCCCGACAAACUGCAAAUCCCCCACACGUUUCGUCCAGGAAGAACCAUCAUAGGGCGCGUCGGAAAGGUCGUUCCUCUCCAUUCUCGUCCUCAAUCCUUGAGCCAGUUACGCCCUCCUACCUUGCCACGCCCCAUUUUUCCAGACUCCGCCUCUUUCACUAUCCUUCUCAACUACAUGGCUCAUCGACACGACGCGCUUUCUGCAUCGUCUCUCGUCGAGCAGAUGCUCUAUGCCGACGUCGAACCCGACAGCCGCGUCGCUGCUGCUCUUAUGCGCGUGCACUUCGUCGUCGGUGACUAUGCAGCCGCCGUACAUAUAUUUGCACAGGCCUGCUCCGAUUUUCCAGCAGCACAGGAGUCGCUGUCUUGCAUCAGUUUCCUUCCUGUCACUUCCCAAACUCUCAUCUGGACGGAUCUACGACCGACUGCCGAACUCGGAAACGUCUUCGCGCGUGGCUUGUUGGACCUUGGUGGCCUAAACGGUAUUCGACUUGCCUUGGAGAUCAUGCAAGGCUGCAACAUCGUCCCUGACUCUGACACCGUCCACAUCAUAAUUUCCUAUCUCGAGAAAACGGAAAAUCAACCUCCCGGAGAUCUAAUACGCACUUUGCGGACUCUCUUGGACUCGCACGACCUUCCAACCUUGAAACAACUCCACGUCGUCCUACGGUCACUCCUGCGCCGCCAACGACAUUCGAUCACCCGCUCCGGUUGGAAUACUAUGCCCGAGCCUUCAUCCCAGAAGCCAUCUAAAGUGAAGACCGGAGAGGGUGCUUUCGACCCGACCGCCGGAAUUCAAUUCGAGAAACACCAGGCCCUCUUGAAACCAAUCCUUCAAUCUCUAAACUCACGAAAUGCUCGUUCGGACCGUGCCAUGGUCGCUCUCCGAACCCAGCACGAAGCCGUGGCGAAGGGAAACAUGAACGCGGCCAGGAAGGUUUUCCAGUUCAUGCUCGACCGGGGGAUGUAUCCGAACAAGUACCACUACAGCGCAUUAAUGGAGGGCCACGUCCACGCUGGCGAUCUACCGGCGGCGCAGGCUGUCCUCGACGCCGCUAUCAAAGCAGGAGUCCGUCCGACGGUCGUCCAUUAUACGAUCCUCAUCAAUGGGUACGCUCGCGCUGAGGAUCCAGAGUUGGCUACGCAGACGUUGCAGGACAUGAUUGCGCAGGGUAUUAGGCCUGACGUGCCUUCGGUGCACGCGCUUGUCGGUGCUUAUAUCGCCGUACGGAAAUUCAAGAUCGCGCGGGCUAUCCUCAUCGAGUUUUGGCAUUUGGUCAGGCCUUUCCCUGAAGAUCUUCGGCAGUCGAGUUUACUGGACCUCACCCGAGCUUUCUGCGCGUUGCACGUCUCGGCUCAGACAAGCCGUCGUCUGACGAAUCAGGAGACGAGAUUGUUACGAUGGAAGUUGAAGCGGAUCACUCAUCACAAGGUGUGGCAGGAGAGGACGAGCGUGAGAGGCGGGGUCGACGGUCUGGAGUUUGAAGAGCGCAGCGUUCAAAAUGACGGGAGGGGGAAGGAGGGGAUGUCUUCGACUGUAGAUUCUGCGACGAAAUCUAAUUCGCAUUGACUUCAAGAGCAUACACCAUGAACGAGACGACAUGAGCAUACGGUUUUGCGUGAAUGGCAUGGGAAGGUAAAUGAGUAAGUACGCGUCGCGGACGUGUGUAAAUAACUGCCUUGGAAAAGGACAAGCACGUGAUACAAUGAAUGAAUAUUCUGAUAUAAAAUACAAGAAUACGUAGAAAUCGCACCCCCUCCCUAGGAAGAACCGAACUUCGCAUCGAGCAUCCGCAAAGCCUCUCGUACAGCAUCCGUAUGCACCUCCCGUACAGGACCCCGACGUCGUCCACAUUCCACGAGCUCCUCGUGGGGAACCAGCGUCGGUGGUGGAGACGAACUGAGGGUGCGCUUUUGUUGAUUCUCGCGAUACUGUGCGUGCGGAUCCGUCAGGAGAAUCGCCGACGAAUCCGAACGAUGGGCUUCGUCUUGCGAGGCGGAAGAAGUGACGGGCGCAGGACCCGCGUCUGAUGGCUGUGUCGGCGGAGGCGAUAGAACGACGCGGGGCCCUGUGCACUUGGACCGACCGGCGACGACCUCGGCCAGAAGGGUUAAAUCGGCAAACUCGACAUUGGGGUGUGAUUUUAGCUGGCGCCAAGCGUCGUCGGUCGGGAUAGUGUCCAACGACGAUUCGGCAGCUGUUGGGACGCGAGAGGUUGACGCGCUGCACGGGCCACCGCCACAUGCACCGGUGCCGCCGCAGCAGCCGCGACCGGUUGCGCUACCCUUCAUGCUCGGGCAACCAGAGCAUGGCGCAGAGGAUUCGACAGAUGCGCCUAUGGCAGUACAGAAGGCCUUGCCAAAGACAUCAUCGGCACAGGCCGCACAAUUCGACGGAUCGCCAGAGCAGUUGGCAGGCUUGUCUGAGUUGGAACGGGAAGGCUCGAGUGCAAUCUGCUUGACGACGGGAAAGAUAGGUUUGGUGGGCGAUGUGGUGGUGCGACGACGAAGGGGGACAGGAGGUUGAUAGGCGGGUAGGUUGUCUAGGAUGGAGACUGUGUCGGGACGCAACGAGGAGAAGUCCUCCAUGCGGUCGUCCUCUACCUUAAAGACGGGGUCGGAGGGCAUCUGCGACACCUGGUUGAGGGCGAUCUCUCUGCAUACGCAUGGCGUAUGUUCGUUGCAGAAGCCGCAGUCGAAGUGACCCAUCGAGGAGACAGCGUCGUAACCAGACUGCUUUGCCGUCGAGGGGAAGUCGAACAUCGACUCGAGUGAGAUCUGCGUUGGGUGGACGGAGUCAUCGUUGGCCGGAGAGGCGAGCUGGAUAGGAGAGAAGCUGCUUUCCGACGUGUCGUGUGAGUCUGGGGAAGAGACCAUGGAUGGAGGGGAGGACAUGUACGUGGCGGAGGCGGAGCGGGAUGCAUGGUGAGCAAGAGGUACGGUGUCGACCGCGAGCUUGGCCUUCUUGUGGACAGGAAGGUCAGUCGACAUAGGGGUGUCCUCACGUGGUCGCUUGUUGUCAUUCUCUUUGAAAGCAGUAUGCUCAGACUCGAGCUGGGCGACCUGUUCCUUCAAAGCAACAUUCUCCUUACGAAGAGCUUCGUUCUCCUCUUUAAGCCGUUUCGCGACGUUCUGCAGCGCGACAUUGCGCUCGAUCUCGCCUUGCUCAUAGAGCUGGAUACGAGCUUGAAGUUCAGCGAGCUGAGACUGCUUGCGCUCGCGGAAAGCACGUUGGGCGGCUCUAUUCUGUACCCGCCUGCCUUUGCUGUCGGGCUCAUUAUCAACAUCUUCGGGAGGAGGAGCAGCCUCCUUCUUGGGUUUCCUGCCAGGCUUCGGCUUGGGAGGUAUGACCCAUUCCUUAGAAGCAGUUGCCCAUAGGGUCGAGGAUGAAGAUAUCAUGGGGGACGUCGGGGGAGGACGAGACGCGGGAAGCAUCUCACGAGGAGGAGAAAGAGCAGCUGG